GAUAAGCCUUUCUUCCCUUUGCCUGGCUUGGCUUCGCUUCUCCAAAGCUAAAACCUCGAUGGAGUCCAUUCUCCAGUCUUCUUCCUCUUCUUCGCAUCUUUGCUCAACCGUCCCUAGACCUGUAAUCCCAGAUCAUUUCUCUAGGAAAAGAAGCCACUGCCCAAAUUUUCUCAACAUAUCAUCAUCAUCUUCUUCUUCUUCUUCAUGGUCUCUGUGUAAUAUAAAUGUUUUGUCUGUUGGCACCCGAAAAUCUGUGACUGUCGGUGCUAAGAAGAGCGGCAAGGAUGGGAAGAAAGAUUCGGACGGCUAUCUGUUUGGACCCGAUGAGACCACUGGGCUCUUCCCUGAGGCAGUGCUGCUCAAGCAGAAGAAGGUACAGGAAGAUGGUAAACUUCUACCUGAGUUUUCCGAUGCAGAAGAGAGGGAGCUUUUUGAAUAUCUGAACCUUCAGAUGGAAAGCGACCUCGAAGUUAAAGAAAUGCGCCACUAUGAAGUGGUUUAUCUAAUCCAUGAGAAGCAUGUGGAAGAGGUUGGGAGCGUGAAUCAGAAAGUUGAAGAUUUCCUACAGGAGAAGAAGGGCAAAGUAUGGAGAUUUGAGGACUGGGGCCUUCGUAGACUUGCAUACAAGAUUAAAAAAGCCAGACAUGCCCACUACAUUCUGAUGAACUUCGAAUUGGAAGGGAAAUGGAUCAAUGAUUUUAAGACCAUGUUGGAUAAGGACGAGAGAGUCAUCCGACAUCUUGUGAUGAAGAGAGACAAGGCUGUUACAGAAGUUCUCCCUCCUCCACCUGAAUUCCACAAACUCCGUGGUGGCAUUGAUGACGAUGGUGAAGAUGACAUGGAUGAUUUUGAAUAUGAAGAAGAUGAUGAGGAGGAGGAGAGCUGGGAUGUAGAGGAUGAGAUGGAUGACAAUGGAGAUGAGGAAGAAGACGGCAUUAUUAUGGUCAAGAGUGAAGAAGAUGAAGGAGAAACUAAGACCAGCACAUUACCUUCUGCAGUUAAAAAAGGAAAAAGUAGAUCAAGAGCAGAGAAAGUUCUUAGGUAGUCUCAAGUUCUCAUUACAGCCUCAUUUUGGACUUGAAGGAGAAAAUUAGGUCUUCUUUUUCCCGUUUCCUGGAUACAUAACCCAGAGGUCCAUCAUAUACCAAGGCACAAUAUUUGGACUGCAAAAAACCAUGCAACCCUUACAGAAAUGGUAGGUCUGUUCUUGUCACAGCUUCUUUUUAUAUCUUUUUGUUGUCCAACGUUACAGAUUCUGAGGUGAAAUUUGGGAUAUAUGCAUAUGCUUCAAUCCUUCUAUUUGUACGGGCAAAAA